AUGAAUCCUGCGGCUGGCUCCCGCACCGCAGGGUCGCCAGACGACGCCGCCACUGUCGCUUUACAGGGCGCCUCGCUGGCCUUUCAGAAACGACCACCCGCGCCGCAACCCGCCAGCUCCCAGCAUUCCCCCCUCUCCGCCGGCCUGCGCUCCUCGAGCAAGCACACAAACACAACGCCGGACAGCAGCCGUAGCCGUAGCCCGCCCCUGCAGAACCAGCAGCACAGCCUCGAGCACUACCGCGAGAAUGGCGCUCUCCUCGCCGCGACGUCAUCGGUGGAGAGGGCCAAGAGCCCCGGCGCUGCCGCGGGCCAGCAACGAUUCCCGCAUCUCCGUCCGCAUCCGGACCAGCACGUCGUUGCUGCGGAUGCCUCGCCGCCGGGGCUAGAAUCCGACGACACGCCCCUCGCUGCGGGUCUUGUGGCGGCGCGCCUGCGACAGCUGGACGUGGCACCGACGACGACUAUCGCGAAUCACACACACGCGGCUGCCGCGAGAGCUCCGUCCACUUCGCCGUCGUCGCAUCUGUCCCUGGGGCUCUCGCCGCAGUAUCCGGCUGGCGUAGUUAAGCUGGGUGCUAAAAGUCCGAGCCUCAUUGCGGCGACAUUGGCGGCGAGUCGCGGCGGCAGUCCAACGCCGACGACGUUGCGGAAACCCAGGCAGAUGCAGAGCGUGAAUGCGCUGCAAGAGGUUGAUACGGUUGAUUCGCAGCCGAUUCCUACAACAGACUCACUUAUUUCCUUGUUUGAAGCGGAUAACUCGGGCGGUAAGCAUGCUUCGACGCCACGGCAAAAACCGGCAUCUUUGUCUCCUGCCAGGAAAAGCACAAAACCAGCGUCCUCGCCAGUACAGCCUGUGGUUCGAAAGAGCGCACGUCCGACAUCACUGCCCAUCAAGCAGACCACCGCCGCGGCCAUACCUACCACAUCCAAGCCGACUUCCAAGCAACGAAGUGCCAGAGCCCAGUCGUCUGAUGACCCCCCGACACCUCCGCAGCCGGGCAGGAAGUCUGCUGCAGCCGCACCUCGACGACCGCCAACACCGCCAGUAGUCACGGAUACUACGACAGUUUCAGCUUCAACAACACCUGCAUCUACAUCGAAAAGAAUCGUGCAAGUGGCAGCAAGCAAACCUCGCGUGACACCGCCUAAAGCUAGAGAGACUCUCGAGGUCGAUGGCGCGUCUUCCGCCACAACACCUCCCAAAGUCAUUUCUCGAUCCAAAUCAACAACUGCGAUGAACAAGUUGGACGCCAUCGGAGAAGUAGCUACUCCGCGAAAGCAUUCACGGAGGCCGCCUCCAUUGGCAUUGUCAAAAGAACUCAAAGAUGAGGGUACUCCUGGCCCAUCACAACCCGACAAUGGCACACCAGCGACACCAAGGCAAAAGUCUCCUACGCCUCACGUCAUUAGCAGAUCAACACCAGAAGUGCUGUCGCCCAAACCUACUCGCAUCACCAGGUCCGCUUCCCUCCGAUCUGGCACGCUACCACCUGCCAUUGUCCUCGGUCCGGCAUCUGAUGUACAGUCACCACCAUCAGCGGAUCCCAAGAAACGCAAAGUCGCUGAGAAACGACCGCCCACCCCACCAAAGCCACGAAACAGCCAUAGGCUGGCGCCUGUUAGGCCUACUAGCGGUCGGCCACGCGGCAACUCGGACACACCUCUCUCAAAAGCAACUUCUCCAAACAGCAUGUGGGGUUUGCCCAUUGUAUCAAGCAAUACUUCAACCAUACCCAAGGCUAGUAAAUCACAACCGUCACCGCCAAACAGGCGCGACUCAAUGAUCAGCGCACCGCCAUCGCCUACACACGAACCUCCGGGGAGACAACCCUUACAGUCGUCUGCCAAGCCGAUGCCACUCAAUUCCAUGACCAAUGCCAUCAUGGCGAGCUCAUUGGCGUCGUCCCGCUUGACGCCUCACAACACGGGCUCUUCGCUACCGCCGCCACCACUGCCAAAGCGCCAAAAGUCACCUCAUCUGCUUCAUACCCUACGUCAACCCCACAGUGAGCCCGAGGAGGGUCACGACAGGCAACGGAAGAGCCAUCGGCAUAGAUUGCACGGCAACAAGCACACACAUCAUGAAGGGUCGCGUAGACGUUGGAGGGACCAAGUUAGCGAGAAGGAGCGGAAGAGAUAUGAGGCGCUGUGGGCCUCGAACCGUGGCAUGCUGCUCACACACGAAAGCCCUUCUGCUAGCGUUGGCAGUGGUCUCGGCACGGAGCUGUCCGAGUGCGUGGCCAAUGUUGUCGUGCGUGACAUUUGGAAGCGCUCCCGUCUACCGACCGAGGAGCUGGCAGAGGUGUGGGAGCUGGUUGACCGUGAGCAUAGAGGCUACCUCACGCGGCAAGAGUUUGUGGUGGGCAUGUUUCUCAUAGAUCAGCGGCUCAGGGGACGAAAACUGCCUCCCAAGGUAUCGGACAGUAUAUGGGGAAGCGUAAAUGGCGUGACGGUGUGGAAGCCGCGGCCAAAGCAUUGA